UUUGUGAAUCACGCCUUGGAGCUGCUCGUUUUGAGGAAUUACGGACCGGAAGUGUGGGAAGACAUCAAGAGAGAAGCGCAACUGGACAUCGAGGGCCAGUUCCUUGUUCGAAUAAUUUACGAUGACGCCAAAACGUACGAUCUUGUCGCUGCUGCCAGCAAAGUUCUCAAGAUUGACGCGGGAGCCAUCCUGCAGAUGUUUGGAAAGAUGUUCUUUGAGUUUUGCCAAGAGUCGGGAUAUGACACCAUUUUGCGUGUGCUGGGAUCAAACGUUCGCGAAUUCCUUCAGAAUUUGGAUGCCCUCCACGACCACUUGGGCACCAUCUAUCCUGGAAUGAGGGCUCCCUCGUUCCGUUGCACGGAUGCUGAGAAGGGCAACAAUCUGAUUCUCCACUACUAUUCGGAGAGAGAAGGCCUGCAGGACAUCGUGAUUGGCAUCAUUAAAACAGUUGCACAGCAAAUCCAUGGCACGGAGAUAGAGAUGAAGAUGAUCCAGCCCAAAAGCGAGGAGUGCGACCACAUCAAGUUCCUGAUUGAGGAAAAAGAAUCUGAGGAAGAAGCCUUCUACGAAGAUCUGGACGGCUUCGAGGAGAACGGCACGCAGGAAACACGAAUCAGCCCAUAUACCUUUUGCAAGGCCUUUCCCUUUCACCUGAUGUUCGACAAAGACUUGAUGCUCACACAGUGCGGCAACGCCAUUUACCGAGUGCUGCCUCAGCUCCAACCUGGUGCCUGCAUCCUCCCUUCAGUUUUCUCCCUGGUCCGCCCGCACAUUGACUUCAGCUACCAUGGCAUUCUUUCGCACAUCAACACGGUUUUCGUCCUGCGAAGCAAGGAGGGUCUACUUAAUGUGGAGACGGUGGAAAACGAGGACGAGCUGACAGGGGUAGAGAUCAGCUGUCUGCGGUUGAAAGGACAGAUGAUAUAUUUGCCCGAAGCUGAAAACAUCCUCUUUCUUUGCUCGCCCAGUGUGAUGAACCUGGACGACCUUACACGAAGGGGUCUGUACCUGAGCGACAUCCCGCUGCACGACGCCACACGAGACUUGGUGCUCUUGGGCGAGCAGUUCCGCGAGGAGUACAAGCUGACCCAGGAGCUGGAGAUCCUCACUGACCGUCUUCAGCACACACUCCGGGCAUUGGAAGAUGAGAAGAAGAAAACAGACAGAUUGCUGUACUCUGUCCUGCCGCCGUCUGUUGCCAACGAGCUGAGACACAAGCGGCCCGUCCCGGCCAAGCGUUACGACAACGUUACCAUUCUUUUCAGCGGCAUCGUGGGCUUCAACGCCUUCUGCAGCAAGCACGCAUCUGCCGAGGGCGCCAUCAAGAUUGUCAACCUGCUCAACGACGUUUACACCCGCUUCGACAUCUUGACCGAUUCGCGAAAUAACCCUUACGUGUACAAGGUGGAGACAGUGGGUGACAAGUACAUGACGGUAAGCGGUCUACCUGAGCCGUGCACGCACCACGCCAAAUCCAUCUGCCACCUCGCGCUGGACAUGUUGGAGAUCGCAGGACAGGUCAAAGUGGAUGACGAGCCCGUGCAGAUUACUAUCGGGAUCCACACGGGAGAGGUAGUGACGGGGGUGAUUGGCCAGAGGAUGCCCCGCUACUGCCUUUUUGGCAACACAGUCAACCUCACAAGUCGCACGGAAACCACUGGGGAAAAAGGCAAAAUUAAUGUUUCAGAGUAUACUUACAGGUGUUUGCAGUCCGCCGAGAACGCAGACCCUCAGUUCCACCUGGCAUACCGAGGCCCGGUCACCAUGAAGGGGAAGAAAGAACCCAUGAAGGUGUGGUUCCUGUCCAGACAGGAAGUCCACUGA